GCGAAUUCUCUGUCAACCCUGUCAGCCAUAUUUAACGUUUUCCACUGGAGACGUAGAAAGCUCUGACUUAUUUGCCGAUUAAAUGUGGUGUUCAGUGCUCUAAAAGACAAAAAUAAUUGAUAAUUCUACUUGCACGUUAUCCAUCCACGACUCAAGAUGUUUAGGACCAAGCAGGAAGUCGACAAGCAUGUAACAAACAGCCUCAAAAGGGUUAGCAACGACACCGAGAGAAAUCUUCGAUGUUUUUCCUUUGCCAAACUGUAUUUUAAUGUCGGCGACUACGAGCAUACUGUGCGUUACGUUACAUCCUACUUGAGUGUGAAACCCAAAUCGUCAGAAGGGCACGCCCUGCUGGGGAAAGCUUUGGAAAAGCUUGGGAAAUCUCAGGGUGCCUUGGAGGCAUACCAAACCAGUUUGCUACUAAACCCCAAACAGGACAAUUUGGUGAUUAAAGUGUGUGAGUUGCUGGUACAGGACGAUGCAAGUCUGAAUAGUGCCAGCGCCAAGCAUUUCUGCCAGUUGGCUCAGUGCAGGGAUCUCCACAAUCCAGUAGUGUCCAGCCUGCAGGAGAAGCUGCUAUCACUUGAAAAUAAAUAUUCCAAUGUUGUUACCACCUUUUUGCUUAAAGAGUUAGAAGACAGGCCAACAGACAUCACUCGCCGAGUAAAAUUGCUAAAACACUACUUGGGAAACAAUAAUGUGAAGGAAGCCUAUAAGCAUGCCACUGAUGCCGAGGAAAGGAAAUUGGGCAUAUUUGAGAACAGCAUUUCGUGGUAUGAAACGUUCGCGGAAGUGAUGGUCAAGUAUCAACAAGAAGUUCGGGACUCCGAACAACUCACUUGGGAAUUUUGGUUUAUACAUGCAUCAGUGCUGGAGAAGCUUGCGGGCCUGUCUCUUAGCGAUCUAACCGAGAAUGUUAAAACCACCGCUGAUUAUGUUACAGCAGUUUUCAAUUUCGAUCAAUCCUUGUUGAAAGCCAGCCAAAAUAUCGACUUGUGCCCGGAUCAGAGCUUGAAACGGGAAUUUCUCAACCAUCAUGAAGCGCAGCUCAAUCUCCAUUUGAGCGUUUUGGCUCUAAAGCAAGCCAAACAGGAUCUGUUGGUCCACAAAGAAAUUCAAGAUGUAAUCCUUCCACUGCUCUUCACUGCAUACAACACUCCAGUUCCGGAUACUCAGGGCGUGUGGUUCAACAACUUGCAAGAAAAACGGCGGCUGAUGGUUGCAGGAUGGCAUAAAGAGGCCUCAUUUAGAUGCUCACAAGCAGGGAAUAUUCUAGUGGGAUUAGCUAAGGACCGGAGGAAUAUUCUGAUCGAAAGAGCCAAGCAAUAUUCAACAGGUUUAUGGCGCACGCAAUUUUUUAAGAGGAUGUUUGUGAAGCGUGAGCAUUUGCUGAAAUUGGAAACCAGCUUUUUCGUAUCUUCCACCGUAGAACCAGUGAUACGGCUGCCAGAUUAUCAAGACCUUGUGUCCUAUAAUGAGGUUGCCCAGUUAAUGAAUCCAAGUUCGCUCCAUCACCACAUCUGGCUGGCGCUCAACUACAAAAGUCUGUCCGACUUUUCCCUAAAAUCAUUCGAUAGGUUGCAAUACACUGUGAAAAACUUGAACAAUUGUGCAGCAGAAACGUUAAACGUUUUGGAUAUCCAGAGUUUUAUAUAUUGCGCUGCUCUUUGUGUACAAUCUAAACUCAAAAACGCUGAUAGCAGCUUAACAUACCACCAUCGAGACAGGCCGGCCGUUCUACCAGUAGCCAUCACUGGACAUUUGGGUUCACUAAGGCAGUCCAAAUUUAUUUUAGCGGCUUACAAAGUGUAUAAGCAGGAAUAUAGUUCGGAUAUGGGAGACAUACGACUAACUCUGGUUAAAGGCAUAGAAGUGAUUCGGUGCGUUGGAAGCCACGGCCUGGACGUAAAACUUCUGAUCGAUUUGGCCUCUAUUUUCGCUGAAAGAUUAAGCAGUUUAACUAAGCAAUCGGAAAUUGAUGCAAAUGCUACCAGGGCUGAGCUCUAUUGGAAAACCGCCUUGUUCUUGCUAGUAUCGUUGAAAAAUGAAUAUUGCGUCGUGUAUCCGAAGGACAGACUUUUUGAGCUAAAAAGCAACAAGGACUUAACCCAAGAUGAAAUUGCUGCUUACAUCGAGAAAGCUAAACUCUUUAUUGGAUUACAGCACAUGAAGAAGAAAGAAUAUGAAGAAGCCCUGCACGUGUUUGAUGGACUGAAAGAUCCAUAUGCCUCGUUCUAUCAGGCCCAAGUGUACAAGCACAUGGCUGAUUCUAAAACGAAUCACAGCAAAGAAAAUGUUACGUCGGAAAUGAGGAGUCAAAACAUUAUCUUCUUGUCCAAGGCCCGUGAUAGUUUGUAUUUGACUUUGGACCGCUUGAGGGACCCGUCUCAAGAUAGGAACCACCCUUUGAACAUCGAGUUGAACACGGAAUUGGAAAAAAUCGAUACACUUUUAUCUAGAAUAGAUCCGGAUUGCGCAAACCGGAAUGAAUGUGAUGGCAUGUCUGAAGAGAAUGUUUCAGACGAUUCUGUCUACGAGCAAUAUGUCAGUACAUACACUCAUCAUCAGUCUAGUUUUCGCAAUAUACGGGAUGUGACUAGCAAAAAUGAUACCACGCAAAUGCACUCAACGCCCUUAAAGUUGAGCAUUCCUAGGCAGGAAGCCAGGCCGAGUCCGGAAAGAUUGGACGCUCAGAUUCGUCAACUGAUAGCUUCAAAGGAUAUUUCCAUGAAUGCUAUUAUCGAGCAGAACCGAAACAUGACCGAAUUGCAAAAAACCUUAACAAACGAAAUUCGGGGAUUUAAAGAAGCGGUGAACCGCCUUGCAGCAACCACAAGCGAUAAAGUAACAUACGACAGUAGUAUUCGUGAAGUGAAGAAGUUGGUUGACGACUUGACUCACUCAGUCGACGAUCGCCUUCAGAACUUAACCGACAUGGUCCAAGAAAUGAAACGAGAGUUUAGAGAUAUGAAAAAGGAUGAAAAUAAGCUGGAUGUCGACGAUUUGUGCUACCUAGAUUUCGAUGAUGGGUCGGCGCAGGCAAACAUCAAUCCUGCUGUUAACAACUGGUACCCAAAGCAGCCCCAGGCUGCUGCUCCUAAUCUGCCCCCCUAUGGAAACCCCGCGUUUUACCCAGGGGUUUAUCCUCUUAUGCCCUAUUCGUUUGGUGCUUUGGGACUGGGACAACCUGGAGGUUUACCGUUUAUGCCGCCACCACAUGCUGACCCGCAGCAAUUAACUCCGGUUAUGCCCGGUUUUCCUGGCGCUGCCUAUCCCAAUCUGAUGCCUCAGACGCAACCGCUCAUUUCAAGCAUGAGAGCUGGUCAGGCUGGCUUGAAUUCCAUACCGCCGCCCCAAGCCGUACAACAUGCAGAGGAUGUGCCUAAGCUCUCGAUUUUCGGCGGACCGCCCAAAGACUUGCCGACACCUUUCUCGGCUUCUAGCCAGGUUCUCCCCGCGUUCGGUGCCAGUAUGGGAGCGUCAGCGAGCCAGGCAAACAAGCCGGGCGGCUUUGGGCAGUCCGGUUUCUUAGGGCAAAGCCUUAAUAUAUUUGGUUCUGCUGCAGGUGCAGCUGGUGCUGCCGUGUCUUCUAGUAGUGGUGUUUCUUCGAGAGCACCGCCUGUGAACGUGGUGAUCACUUCUUCCGAUCCUUUGCCAACCUACACUAGCGUCUCGCAGCCAGUCUUAUCGGUAACCAUCCCAGCUCAGCAUAUUAAGAGCCCGUCGCAAAAACCCGCUAUCCGGUUUCCCAUAACCACUUCAGCGCCCCAUAAUUUCCAAAUAUUACAAACAAUGAGCAAUACUGUUACUGCAGCACCGUCGAUAUUAAAUGUGCCAUCAUUUGGGGCCAGCAACACUCUGCUGACCAUUGCGUCGCCGCUUGCCAAAGCCCAGACUGGUUCCCCGAAGGUUUCCCUUCAAACCGAGGCUGAUAAGAGCAAUUGCACUCCAGAUACCUCCAACGCCAACUUGAACUCGAGUGAAUUGAGCAAUGUUUCGUCGCCAAGUGUCGAAUAUGACCCACUGCCUAACUUCCAGCCGAUUGUGCCGCUUCCGGAUAAAGUGGCCAUAAUCACAGGCGAAGAGACGGAAACCGAACUGUUCAGCAGCAGAGCGAAGCUCUACAGGUUUGUCACCGAAAACAAUUCAAAUGAGUGGAAGGAAAGGGGCAUUGGCGAUCUGAAGAUCCUGUUUGACCCCAAGUUGCAGACGGUGAGGAUCUUAAUGAGGCGCGACCAAGUGCACAAAGUGUGCGCCAACCAUCACUUGUCCGCCGAUAUGGAGCUGAAGCCUUUUCCCAGCAGUGAUCGCGCGUUCAUCUGGUCGGCCAACGAUUACGCCAAUGAGGAGCUUGUGGUCGAAACACUGGCUGCUCGGUUUAAAACAGCCCAAGAUGCAAAGGACUUUGCUGACGCCUUCAGCUUAGCCAAAUCUAAGCUAUCAGCGAAAGGUGCUAGCGACGAAGCGCAGAAAAAACCAUCAACUGUCGCAGAUGCGCCUGCAGUAACAACCACCCCCAGCCAACCUCAGCAGGCGAAUUUCGGAGGUUUCAAGUUCAUCAGCCCGCCAGUUUUCAAGCCAACUGAUGCUGAAGUGAAAGCUGCCCCGAAAGUGGAGGAAGUUGCCAAGGAGCCCAACCAGCCGAGUCCGUUCGCAGGUUUCAAAUUUGGAACUUUGACUGCGACUAAGGGGCUUUUUGAAAACGCUCCCAGUCCGGUCAAAUUUGCUGCAGCAGUCCAAUCGCCGCAGGCAGCGGCUCAAAAAGAGGACGACGAAGUGGAGGAAUUCGUACCGACGGCAGAAUUUAAGCCCGUCAUCGAAACGCUGCCCGAUCUGGUUGAAGUGAAAACAGGCGAGGAAGACGCGGAAGUGCUGCUUGAGCAGCGUUGCAAGCUGUUCAGGAUGGACACUAGUGGCGAGGCAAAGGAGUGGAAGGAGCGCGGACUUGGAAAUAUUAGAAUCCUAAAGGAAGCUACAGUGCGGUUAGUGAUGCGAAGAGAUCAAGUCCACAAGGUGUGUCUGAAUCACCAAGUGCUUAAGAACAUGUCGUUCAAGCAGAACGCGGCUAAUCCCAAGGCGGUUUUGUGGUCCGCCCAGGACUUUUCCGAAGGUGUUCUAACUCCUGAAGUGUUCACCGCUCGGUUUAAGACUGCAGAGAUGGCCACUCUGUUUCUGAACACUGUGGAACAAGCCCAACAAACACUAGAUGAAAACAACCAGGUGGUCGGGCAACAGUCUGAGCCAGCAACUGUGGCAACCGUUGGCUUCGGCGACAAGUUUAAACCGGCCAAAGGCAGCUGGGAAUGCAAAAAUUGCUAUGUAGUCAAUGAAGAUGAGAGCAAGGCCAAGUGCGUUGCAUGCGAAACUCCCAAGCUCGGCCAAAAGGGCGACGCAGCCGUGCAAGUACAGAAGCAAGAGCCGAUCCAAAAGUUCUCGUUCAGUGUUCCUAACACGGAAGCGAAAUCUGAUUCAGUGUUAUCCGGAUUCGGCGAUAGCUUCAAGCCAAAAGUUGGCUCCUGGGAAUGUAAAGAGUGUUAUGUGCGGAAUGAGCCAAACAGCUUAUACUGUCUGAGUUGCGAUGCGCCCAAAGACGACUCGGUGCCCAAGAAGGAAGCCGCAGCGCCCAAAGGAAUAAACCUCGAUACGCCAGGAUUCAAGUUUACCUUCGGCAUGCCCGCUGCUACUACAACAGCUUCAGCUCCAAACGCGCCUACAACGACAACCGCUUUUGGCUUUGGUGAUGCUAGUUCGACCAAAACCACAUUUUCCUGGAAAUUGCCUGAAGCAUCUGCUACCGAGGCCACUCCGAAACUUGAGAAAUUCACUUUCGGUUCCCCGCAAAAGCACGAUUUUGAAUUCAAAGCCCGAAGCCCACGCAGAAUCAGCACUGGACCAGGGGACGAUUCAGAUGCGAGUUACGCAGAGGAGGAAGAAGCUAAUGUGAACUUCAAGCCAGUGAUUCCCCUCCCUGAUAUAGUUGAAGUGAAAACGGGCGAAGAAAACGAAGAAGUGCUCUAUACUCAAAGGGCAAAGCUUUACAGGUUCACCGAGGGUGAAUGGAAGGAAAGAGGCUUAGGAGACGUGAAGCUUCUUAAGUGCCUCAGCACUGGCAAAUUGAGAGUUCUGAUGCGUAGGGAAAAGGUGCUCAAGAUUUGCCUAAACCAUGCUGUGCCAAAAGACAUGGAAUACAUGCCCAAGGAUGACGACAGAACGUGGCAAUUCCAUGCCGCGGACUUUUCAGAAGGCGAAAUAAGUCACGAUCAGUUCUGUUUGAGGUUCAAAAAUGCCGAAGUGGCUCAAGAGUUUAAGAAAGCUAUUAAUGAUGCUCUAGAGAGCCUGAAUUCCAGUCAAUCUAUCACUGAAAGCACGUUGGUAGACAAGAAAGCCGACCAAGUUAAGGAAACAGAAUGCGAGGUGGAAUUCGUAUCGGAAACUCAAGUGACUGCCGAAGAGAUCCAAGAGGCUGCUCGUCUAGGACUGCCGCCUAAAUUUAUGGCAUACAGGCAGCGCGCCGAUUGCACGUGUGAACAAUGCAAGAAAGAUGACGAAUAUUUGAAGGUGCUCUUCGUCGAUAAACCGUCUCCCAAAAGUGUCGGAUCCGUAUUUACUAGCGCCAAUACUUCGUUGUUUUCAACUCCGUUGGGCAACAUGGGCACUCCUUCGUCAGCUGGAAGCGUGUUUGCUUCGCCCAGUUCUACCAGUUUUACUUUUGGGACACCUACAGGUAAUACUCCAUUAUCGAGCAAAUCGGAAAGCAUUAGAGACUUACUCCAGAAGCCGUCAAUCUUCAGCAGCCCCAGCUUGGGGGCUGUUACAUCAGAUGCGAAAAUAACGUCUCCCGCUCUUGUAAUGGCUGCCAAUACAGCAUCUUCAGGAAACAAACUGCCCGAAACCCCUGCAAUUGCACCAUUUUCCGUGCAAUCUUCCAUAAUUAAGACGCCCAGUUUCACUUUCGAUUCCCUAAAGCCGCAGGCCACAACAGGAGGCGGGUUUCCGAUACAAAAGGCGCCCAGUAUCUUUGGAGGCAGUGGUUUAACAGGCUUUGGUGGCUCUCCCACAGCAGCAAUUACGGCCAAUAUAUUCGCUCCUACCACUAAGGCUACUCCAAGUGCCAUCGACUCGAAUGCCCAGGCUCCAUUGGCCAAUAGUACUAACUUGUUCCCAACGAAGCCAACUUCCACCUUCUCGUCGACCCUGUUCCAAAAUUCCAGCCCCAAUAUUUUCGCAAAUCCCAUUGGUAAAAGCUCCAACACCAACAUAUUCGCUUCGCCAACUGCUCCUGCCGCUACCACCAAUAACAUAUUUGGAAAUGUGGCUGCUUCCCAAGUUUCGAGCGCAACGAGUUUAUUCGGGUCGCCGGCUCAAGGGAACAUAUUCUCACGCCCACCAUCGUCUGGUAAUAUAUUCGGACAAACAAUAUUCGGCAACAAGACCGAGCCCAAAGUUACAGAAGCCAAUAUGUCCUUUGGCUUGACUUCGACGACUCACUUCAAGGAAACUGAUGAACCCGUGCUGAAGUGCGAUGGUAACUUGUCGUUUGCGACUUUAGCCGAUAAAGUGGCGGGCCCUGAAACGGAAGUAUCAUUUGGAGGCUCGAAGAAAGAUGAUGCGAUAUCACCGUUUGCCUUCCUCGGUGCCGGGGCACCUGUAUUUUCCAGCUCCAUUCCUAAGCCCAAUCAGGACAACCAAUCUCGAACUGAAGACACCAGCAGAACACAGGAAGAAGAUAGUGAGGACGUAACGGGCGAUCACGACCCGCACUUUGAGCCUAUAAUUCCUCUGCCUGAUGAGAUUGUCGUUUGCACGGGCGAAGAAGAUGAAACAGUGUUGUUCAAUGAAAGGGCCAAGCUGUUCAGGUUCGAUGCAGACACUAAGGAAUGGAAAGAGCGCGGCAUCGGACCCUUCAAGCUGCUGUAUCAUCCGCAGAAUGAAACUUACAGGUUGCUUUUGAGGCGCGAGCAAGUUCACAAAGUGGUGCUAAAUCAGCGAAUCACCCCAGACUUUGAGCUGCAGCCAAUGGCCAGUUCAGAUCAGGCGUGGAUAUGGGCUGGGAUGAACUACGAUGAGGGGACAGCCAAGCUCGAAAAGCUGGCAAUUAAGUUUAAAAACUGCGAAUUAUCCCAAUCGUUCAAGAAAUGCGUUGACGGAAUCAUACCGAAGGUGGUAGAGAUUCAGGCCAAUAAGAGUGGAGUGAGUGAUAACAUCCCCAUUACUGUUCAGAAUUUAAGUAUCAGCAGCAAGUCCGACAGUUAUGAUCCAACUAAUGAAGCGGACGAAGAUGAUGAUGAUGAUGAUGAGGAGGACGAUGACGACGACAGAAGCGUUAUGUUCACGAAACGUUGCACUCUGAGUGAGCAAGUGAACGGCCAGUGGAAUCACGUGUGCAUCGGCGAUCUGCAGGUUUAUUACGACUCGGAAAUGUAUGGUGCACGAAUCAGUAUCAUCUGCGACGAUGGUGAGAUAGUCAGCAAUACCAUUAUUGGGGCAAACACUUCCAUGCAGAUUAAGGAUAAGGAAUGUUGGUGGACGGCAGUCGAAUGGGCCACGGUGGAUCAUCUGCAGUGGAGAACGUUAAAAGUUACGUUUAGCAGCACAAUGGCCGCCGAAGAAUUCCAUUCAAAUUACAUGGAGGGUCUGAAUUAUGCCCAAGAGGCGAACAUUAUCGACGCACUACCGAAUGAUGUUGAAGGCAAUUGAGCAACAGACUAAACUUGCUAUUUUCCAAAAUUGUUUGUAGAACUUCCUUUCAUUAGACUAAUAUUUUUUAAAAGAAGCUAAGAGUAAAUGGGUAAAUUAGUAGUUUGAUGUGCAGGGCUCUUUCUUUAUGGCAAACCCCAAAGAGUUAAAGAAUGAAGCUUGUGUUCGAGGCUCGUUUUCCAGUAGAUUAUUUUCAUACACAUGCUCAAUGACAAAGCGCGCAAGGAAAGAAGCCUGUAUUGAUGUGAUGUUUUGAUAAGCCUGUAGGUUACCUGUUAUUUUAUAAAUCAGUUCAAUGUAAAAGUAUAUAUUCAGUCCAAAUGA